AUGUCACAUCCAGAAGCAAGUAUCAGAUCUAUCAAGAGUGGGGUCUUGAAUUUGGGCUCAACUGAUAAGUUGAAUGAUAUCACUAAUUCAAGUGAUAUUUCUAGUAAUUCUUAUACCACCCCAUCUUCCAGGCAAGAUCAGCCACGAGAUCAAAUCGAUGAUGUAUCAUCUUCAAAAAGUCAUUAUAGUGUCACUUCAAAGAACUUGAAGACGUUGGAAAACAAAAUAUCACCAAAGUUAAUCCCAGGUAAAGUAGUAAAUAAUGAUAUAAAUGGCACUAAUUCUUCAAUUAUUUCCACUGAAUCAGAAUAUCAGAACGUAUUCAACGAUUAUGAUUCUUUCACAAAUGAGGAUAUAGAUGAUAAUGAUGAUGAUUCACUUGAUGCUCCGCAAUCUCAAGAUUUUAUUGAUCCAUUUUCACGUCCAUUAUCACGGGCUUCAACAACAAGUUGUGUUUCAACAACGGCGACAAAGGAUGGCGUUGAAGGUAGAAGAUUUCAUAGACAUGGUCCUACACCUUAUUCAAGUCAUAUUUUAUCCAAUAUGCUACAACAACAACAGCAACAGCAGCAGCAACAGAAAAUAAGUCCUUCCAAGAGUAUGCUAAGUAGUGUAAAUUAUGAUGAAGGUAAUACUCUACAAGACUCAACAGAUGCCAGUAUUGCAAGUCUCCAUAAUACAUCUAUUUAUCCCUUAGCUCCGGAUGAUAGUAGUUCCGAUCCUACAGUUUCCUCAAGUACUCAAACAUAA